AUGGACGUCCUUACCGGCGCAUCUAAAGUCAAAGUCUGCAACGGCAACUUCUCGAGCAUUGGAAGGGACUACUACACGAACCAGACUACCAUUGUUCGGACCCGAGACAAGAAGAGGAAGAUUGGCAGAGGUAUAUCAGAACUAUCCGAGUUCACCGAAAUCAAGCGGGGCGACAUCUACAAGAAUAAAGACAUCUGCUAUCAUUGGCGACUGUGUUCAAAUGGGCCAGUUCAAUACAUAAGUUUCCAUGCGUUAAUCUCAGAUAUCUUUUCUUGUUCUUGCGUCUGUCUUAUCGGUUCGCUUUCAGUCUUGCGAUUGACAGUCAUUAGGUUCUCAAAAUCAGCGUGGAACCGAUUCUUUGACCCUCCAUUCACAAUCAGACACCUUGGUUCUUUUUUUGGGCUGUGA